AUGUCUCACAUGAACGGACCGACAAUCCCUCACAGUGACAAGAAUAUUCUCUCCAGAGAUGCUACAGCUGCUCUCUUCACCGAAAUCAAUAAGACACCGGACUUUCUCUUCGAAGCUCUUGAACUUUGUGACGCCACCGCAUCAUACAUCAAGGCUAAAGUCAAGGUGCCUGCAGACAUCCGGUUCCACGACAAUUGGGGAAUAAUUGGAAUUCUUUUCCAUCAAAUCAUGUCCAAGAUCAGCGGCGGUGAAAAGAUCCUUAAUACGAAUACAUACUAUCUCGGCAACCAAAACUGCCUCAGGCCCGGGGUAGUACUCGUCCUCAUGGCUCACCGUGUUGGAGAAAGCUUGCUGGAAGCUCAGGUUUCUUCUGCUGAGGGCUCUUUGAUUGCUAGGACGUCGGCCAUAUACAGCAGCUCUUUUCCAAAAGGAGAUGGACGAAGGUUCCUGGAUGCGCCUAUUAAUUUUGAGACACAAUAA